AUGAUUGUUAUAUAUCUCAUAGUUUUAUUUAUUGUAAAAACGCACACACAAAAAUGUCCAGAAAAUUACACUUUUUACAAGCAAGUAAAUUACAAUAGUAAUUGUCGGACUUCUUCAGAUAUAAUUGUUGGUAUUAAAGGUGAUUAUACUAAAAUUCUGUUUGAAAUGUCUGAUAAUUCCAAAUUAUAUACAGACUCAAGCUUAAUUAUAACAGGAAAGGGGUUAAUAGUUAUGUUAACAGAAUCAGAGUUAAUUGUUAAUUAUCAAGUUUUGAUUAACCAAGAAGGCCAAUUAAUUCUUAACACCAAAUCCAAUUUUUCAACUUUUGGUACAACCACUUUAGAUGAUAAAUCUCAAAUAUCAAUAACAGGAAAUUCAAAAGUCGAAAUAAUAAAUGACACUUUAUUCAAAGGUAACUCCAUUUUGAAAAUGAAAGGUAAUUCUUCUUUUAAUUCAACUGGUAGAAUGGAAUUGUUUGAUAAUUCAAAAAUAUUAUUGACAGAAAACAACAAGCUAUAUUCGUCUGUUAUUUUAUACUUUCAUUCAACUUCGUCGUGUGUUUUAAGUCAUUCAUCUAUCGUGUUUGCAAAGCAAAUUAAUACUGCCGAUAAAGCUCAAAUUAUCAUAAAUAACAGGAGUGAAAUAAAUGUGAUGGAUUCCAUUUAUCAUUAUGAAAGUGCACUAUUUACAAUGAAUAAUAAUUCUGUAUUCAAAAUAACAAACAAUGCUAUAUUUAGUCUAAAUGCCGUGUUUGAAAUGAACCAUUAUUCGAAUUUAACAGUGGGCUCAAUAAUACAAUUAUUAGAUAAUUUCAAUUUCUUCAUGAAAGGUAAUUCUGUUGUUACAAUAAAAAGUGAGCUGAAAACAACUGGAACUUCUAUGUUUUCAAUGAAAUCAAAUGCUUGUUUAAAUUCAACGGGAGAUGUUAUUGUUGUUGAUAAUUCAAAUUUAAUAAUGGAAGAUUAUUCAAUAAUUGAAGUUGGCAACCUUCUCAAACUUGAUGAUUUUGGACGUCUUCAAAUGAGUUCAUUUAGUAUCAUACAGGGUAUCAAAGGACAUAUUUUAAUAGCAAACAAUUCGGUUGUUUCUUUAACAGAUUCUUCAAUUAUUUUGACUCGAAAUUUUUCUUUGAUAAAAGGAGGUAAAAUAAAAAUAGAAACAGAAUUUUCCAUUAGAACAAUGAGUACUCAAAACAUUAUGUGUAAUGAAGGUAUAUUUGAAAUUGUCGGUGGUAUGUAUAUAGAGACAAACAAUGGCAUUUCGAUGUCCAAUUGUAUAUUUGAUGUGGCCAAAAGAACAAUUUAUGAUAUUCCUUUAAUUAUAACCAAUGAAAUUUAUUCUUUUGAUUGUAAUAUAAAAAGCGAAGAAAGUUUUGACGUUGUUUAUUCAAAAACCCCGUUUAGUUUUAAACCUCCUGAAGGUAUGUUAAGUUUAAUGGACAACAAAUUAUUAAGGUUUGGAGACUCGAUAACGGUAUAUUGUCACUUAAUAAAAUACAAUGAAAUAACAAAAGAAAUUAUAUUUGCUGAAUCAUAUUGUCCCUGUUCUAACAAAUACUGCUAUAUGACUCCAUUGACAAAUAUUUCAGAGAUGUUAUUUGAUUAUGACAAUAAGGGUAUAACAGAAAACUAUAUACCAGGAAAUAAUAAAAUAACAGAAGAUUAUGAUACACAAAGUGCUAUUAUAGGAACAAAUCAAUUUUCUUUUUAUUUUGUAGACAAAUUUGUUAUGACUAUUAAAUCAAAACAAAUGAUUCAACUUCAGACAGUUAAAUUAACAAAGCAAAUUUUAUUCAUUGCAGAGAAUUAUAUGGUAAAUCGAACUAUAUUUUACACUUCUGUUGUUUACUCGUAUAAAGGUUUUAAAAUGCUAACCGGAAUUUAUUGCAAAAGUGGAUAUUAUUAUAAUAAAACUUUAUUUGAUUGUGUAAGUUAUACUGAUUGUUUAUACCCAAAUUGUUUGGAUUGUUCGAUUGAUAGAAAGGUAUGUCUUUAUUGCCAGCCAAAUUAUAUUUUAAUCAACAAAAAAUGUGAAGCAAUUACAAACUGCCUUUAUUUGACUAAAAACCGUUGCUUAAAAUGCAGAGAAGGAUUUCUGCUUAAAGAAGGACAUUGCACGUAUUCUGAUUGUCAAAUAUACAAAAAUAAAAAUUCUUGUCUUCUUUGUAACACAAAUAAAGAUAUGAUUAAUGUUAAUGGGUUAUGUACUAAUUACAGUUCAAACGUGGAGAUGACAAGUUCAAAAAGUGUUACUUCAUGUAGUAAAGGAUUUAUCACAAAUUCAACUUAUUGUGUAUCUUGCAAAUCACUCUAUACAUUAAGUGAAUUGUGUGAUAAUGGUCACCCCACAAAAUGUAUCUCAAACACUGAAAUGACAAAAGAUUAUCAAUGUAGAAAUAAAGUGUGUCAAACCAUUAAUGACAGUAAUGGAAUGUGUACAAAUUCAAUUAAAAAUUGUGUAUUUAUGACAAAUACUAAAUGUCAAGAAUGCAAUUCAGGUUUUAUUCUUUCUAAUAACUCGUGUGUUAAAAAUGAUAUAAACUGUUUAAAUUCAUCUAAAUAUGGUUGUUUAAGAUGUGUUGAUACUUAUUAUUUCAACAAUUCAAAUAAAAGAUGUGAAAAGUGCAAUGAAAAUUGUCAAACUUGUAUGACUUUUUCGACCAAAUGUUUAAGUUGUAAAUAUAACGAAUUUCUAACCAAUUCAGUUUGUAAGAAAACAGAAGAGUUGGUGGACAAAUGUGUUCAUUUAUCUCCAACAGGUGGAUGUGUAAUUUGUUCAUCUGGAUAUUAUAGAUAUGGGUUUGAUUGUGUUGAAUGUGAUAUAAAGUGUUCCACGUGUAAUUACAAAAAUGGUUGUUUAACAUGUAACGAAACCAAUUAUCAAACAACAGAUGGAAACUGUUUGCCACAAAGUAGUAUUAAUGGAUGUCUGGUUAACGUAACACAAAAUGGUUGUGCAAUAUGUUCUAAUCAUUAUUUUAGAGUGAAUUCAAAUGAAUGUCAAAAAUGCAGUGAAAAUUGCAAAAAAUGUUCAUCUGAAUAUUUUUGCACUUCUUGUGAAACAACCAAAGUUUUAUUAUCAGAUGGAAGUUGUCGAGGGAUUAAUGAAAUCAAAAAGUGUAUUGAAAUAAUCAAUUCAAAAUGUACAAAAUGUUUGUUUUUGAAUUCACCAAACAAGGAUGGCGUGUAUUGUGAGAAAAAGGCGUUAUGGUGGUUUGUUUUGAUUGUGAUUAUUGCGUCUAUUUUUGUUCUUGUCAUUAUUGGACUCAUGAUAACAAAAUUUACUCGGAAAAUAUUACACAUUUUCUAUUCAAAAACAUUUGAGAAAAAGACUUUAUUUGAAAUGAACAUUUCGAAUAUUUCUUUUAUUUUAAUGAAAGGUGGGAUUUCUGUAUCAUCAAAAGAAAUAGAUUUUAAUUUGGAAAAAGAUGAGAUAUUAGUUAAUGAAGAAACAAGAAACAUUUUAUGUGUUGGAAAUACAAGUAAAUGUGUUCAAAAAGUCCAACUUUCAGUUUCUUCAAAAGUUGAAAAAAUUUCAAUUCGUGUAGACCCCGAAAUAGUUUCACUAAAACGAGGUAUUGCUUGUGAAUUUUCUAUUUAUAUUAAACCAAUAUGCACAUGUCUAAUAAAAAACAAUUUACAAAUAAUUUCCAAAAAUUUAUCAACUGGUGAAGAAAGGUUUAAUGAAAUUACUAUGAUAGGAGUGACUGAACAAACAACAAAAAUAGAUUACGAUGAGUUGAUAGAAGAUAAUAAAAUUGGUGAAGGGUCAUUUGGAACUGUAUAUAAAGGAAAAUUCAGAAGUUUUGAUGUCGCAAUAAAAAAAAUGAAAAAUACAAUUUGA